AUGGCAACCACAACAUCCCAAGACUUCACAACCUACUAUCUCCAACGCACCACCCAAGAAUUCGCAGAAGACCUCGACAAAGUCCGCGCCGCCGACGACUUCAAGGCCGAGUCGCUGCCCUUUCUGAUUCACGCCCUGCAGCAGGGCACCGCGCUCUACUCCGCCCGGGACCAGGAGCGCGUCGUCAAGCCUGCUGCUACUGCGGCUGUCGCCGUGGAUGAGGAUGUAGACAUGGCGGAGGAAGCCGCCCCUAAAAAGGAAAAGAAGGACAAAAAGGACAAAAAGGAAAAGUCCAAGAAGAGGAAGUCGACUUCUGGUUGA